AUGGACCUGGCCUCUAGGUCUCCUGCGAGACUCUCCCCACAAUUCUGUUCCACUACUGGGCAAGCUAUGGUCGUGAAUGCCUCCUCCCCAUAUCCUACUCCCCCCCAAAGCCGCGCACAUACUGAAAUCCUCCCGGCACACUCACCUGUUGCUACUGGACUUGGUAUUUUCGGUACCACACAUGUAUCAAUGUGUUCGCCCUCCCAAUCGCUUCUCCAAUCAUCCCAAGCGUGGCAACGGGGAUGCGGCCCAAACAACGCCUUCUCUCCUAUGGGAGUGAUGUCGGGCCUAACUUCAUUCGAAGAGAGUCAUUUAGUUCUACAAGGCGCCCCCCAGCAUUCGGGCGUUUCGAUGGUUUAUUCUAGUCCGACACACCGCGAGAUGGCUAGUAAUUCUAUGAUCCAGCGAUAUGCGACCUCUUACAAUAACGACUUUCACUAUCAACUAGUCCCCACUACGACGCAAGAACGACACUCCGCUAUAAAUCAACAACGGCAGAGACAGGUUGAUUGCUCGAUGCCUCAAGACUUGGAUCAAAAUAAUAGUGUUCUCCUUUUCGACCUAGAUAAUAACGUGGAGAAUCAAAGCGUGGAGAAUAAUAACACUGAAAGACCAGCGAUAAAUAACAGGAUUCCUCGAGCCCCUCUACGGUCAUCGCGCUCACAUGCGGCAGCGUCUCAAGACGACCAAGUAAAGGUUCAAUCGGGUGGUAUCAGGAAACAGUCGAGGAGGAAGACUAAUGGACCCGAAGGGAAGUUUAUGUGUGAGAAAUGCGGACGGCAUUUCACCAGGAACUCGAAUUGCAAAUCCCAUAUGAAAACCCAUGAUCCGAAUCGCAAAUUGCCUUUUAAAUGCACUGAUCCUGAGUGCACCAAAAAAUUCGGCCGGAAAACUGACCUCACUAGACAUGUGGAUAGUGUGCAUAAGAAACUACGGCAAUAUGGCUGUGAUCAAUGUGGCCACCGUUUCGCACGACAGGACACUUUGCGAAGGCAUCGCGAAGAUGGAUGCAGAAGACAGAAUCGUCAAGCCCAACGUGCACUCAAAAAUCCUCCCACAGUACCUGAGCCGGUUCAAUCAUAUCAAACGUCAUCCAUCCUAUAUCCCGACCAAACAAAUACGUAUUCUGAGGCCGACGACCAGCAAAAUCUGCAUGAGUCAUUUAUUUCUCCAUACCUCGAUAAUACUGCGAAUGAAUUCCAGCAAUACCUAUGA